AAUAAAAUAUGAAACCCUGCCCCCCUGGUCGAACAAGCAUAUUGUUAAAAGUCCUUCCGUUCGACACGGAAGUAUUCCUCGGCCGUUGUCAACAUGGCGGUGAAUCUCACUGAAUUAGCUCUUCCACAAUUAGAGAGCUUAAAAACUCAACUUGACCAGGAAACCGAGUUUCUGUCAUCAUCCAUAGGUCAGCUGAAAGUAGUUCAGACAAAAUAUGUGGAGGCCAAAGACAGUUUGAAUGUCCUUAACAAGAGCAAUGAAGGAAAAGAGCUACUUGUUCCCCUCACCAGUUCUAUGUAUGUACCUGGAAAGCUGCAUGAUGUAGACCAUGUCUUAGUGGAUGUUGGAACAGGUUACUAUGUUGAGAAGAAAGUAGAGGAUGGAAAAGAGUUCUUCAAACGCAAAAUUGACUUCCUUACAAAACAAAUUGAGAAAAUUCAGCCUGCCCUUCAAGAAAAACAUGCCAUGAAGCAAGCUGUGGUAGAAGUCAUGAACAUGAAGCUCCAGCAACUGCACAGCCAACAAGCAUCACAGUCUGUUACCACCAAGGCAUAAAAAAAUCAGGAAAGAUUCUGAGGAUUCAACUUCUGUAUCACUCCAGUAUGCAUCCUUGAGACCGUACUAAGAGGUCUCAUUCUCCUGGAAGUAUGUCCGACAGUUCCCUGCAUUGAACACUUAUUAACUUAUUCUGUUCCACAUUUUCAUACACACAUUUCGAUGAAAAACAAACCUUGGCCUGGCAUGUGGUUCUUAUACAUAAGGCCGCACAUGUCUGGGAUUUAUGUUUUAAAGGAAGAACAUUCUGUGGCACUGUAGCAACAUUUGAAUAUAGACAGCUUUGUUAAUACAAAUUGCUAAAAUGAUUGGCUAAAGAACGUGUUCUCGUCCGGCUAAAAGUGAAAUUGCAGUGUUUUUUGGUAGCUUCAUGAGACUCAAAGCAAUGCAAAUAAGAAAUGACACAGUUGUCCGUAACAGAUAAAUUGACAGAUCUUUGUGACUACUGUAAAUGUUUAUUUAGAAUUUUUGUUCUGUGCUGGGUUGGACAAAAUACAUUAAAAUGACAUUUCAAAACUUG